GUUGGGUUGCCUGUGUGCUCAUAUCUUUUCAAGAUGGCGGACGAUCGUCUUUUUGUUCUUCGAGCACCGCCGUACGCGCUUGACCCAGAAUUACAGCGAAUUCUCGAUAAGCAAAGCAAGAUUCGUUUUAUUCUCGAGAACGAGCUAACUGCUACAAGUAGAGCAUUAGUAAAGGGAUUGUUUAUUUACGGCCCCUACAAAUACGUGAGCAAUUCCCUAUUGGACGAUCUCCCUUCUCUCAAGGUUAUUUCUAGUAUCGGUGCUGGGUUUGAUCGUAUAGACAUCCCCGCUGCCACCAAAAGGGGGAUACGAGUCGGUAAUACUCCCGGGGUGGUACAGGAUUGUACUGCCGACAUGGCUAUCGGACUGUUACUAGCUUCCGCCAGACAUAUUGUUACCGGAGACGCAAACACGAGAAAGCCUGGGUUCACCAAGGAGUCAAUAUUCAACUGUUUUGGCACCAGAGUCACAGGCUCAACUCUUGGCAUAGUCGGCCUUGGAGCUGUCGGCUUUGCUGUGGCGAUGCGAGCCAAAGGGUUCAAAAUGAGAAUAUUAUACCAUGGCCGCACCAGAAGGGAGGGCAAAGAAUGCGAGACUGGUGCUGAGUAUUGCAGUAAGCUAGACGAACUACUCAAGGAGUCAGACUUUGUUGUCUUAUGCUGUGCUCUAACCAAAGAAACAAGACACUUGAUAACAGCAGCACAACUCUCGCAGAUGAAAUCAUCAGCAACACUAAUCAAUGUUGCUAGGGGCGGGAUUGUCAAUCAUGAUGACUUGACAACAGCUCUGCAAAAUGGAGUCAUUCGUGGUGCUGCACUUGAUGUGACAGAACCCGAACCACUCCCCCACGGCCACCCCCUACUUGCGUUACCUAACGUGAUUGUCACACCACAUAUUGGUACUCUGACUCUUGCUACAAGGAGUGCAAUGAUGGAAAUGGGAAUAGAGAACCUAUUAGCAGGGCUUGGGUCAAAGCCUUUACCAUACCCUUUAAACUAAGUGCUUAAUAUAACGACACAUCACAAAAUACUGUAUGUGUGAGUCCAAACUAUUACCAAAUAAUUUCUGAUGGUACUUACAGUAGUAUCACAACACAUGUUGAUU